CGGUUCAUACUUAACUUGCUAGCCGUUGCGAAGGGAGUGGGGUGUCUUCGCAGUCCUUUCUCUCCUAGUCUGGGGUGGGAGGAGGCGUGGAAACGGUCUGCCCCAGUCAGGAGAGACAGCGGUCUCUCUUCGUUCCCCACCCGGUGUUGAGAGGCGCUGCCUUGGAAGGGCCCUGAGGAAGGCAAUGACUGAGUACAAGCUGGUGGUGGUAGGAGCUGGUGGUGUUGGAAAAAGUGCCCUGACCAUCCAGCUUAUCCAAAAUCACUUUGUGGAUGAAUAUGAUCCUACUAUUGAGGAUUCUUACCGUAAACAAGUAGUUAUUGAUGGAGAGACUUGUUUGCUAGACAUCCUGGACACAGCAGGGCAGGAGGAAUAUAGUGCUAUGAGGGACCAAUAUAUGAGGACUGGUGAAGGCUUUCUUUGUGUGUUUGCCAUUAACAACAGCAAAUCAUUUGCAGAUAUAAAUCUUUACAGAGAGCAAAUUAAAAGAGUGAAAGAUUCAGAAGAUGUACCAAUGGUAUUAGUGGGAAACAAAUGUGAUUUGCCAACACGGACAGUAGACACCAAACAGGCUCACGAAGUAGCAAAGAGCUAUGGUAUUCCCUUCAUUGAGACAUCUGCCAAAACAAGACAGGGUGUUGAAGAUGCUUUUUACACACUAGUGAGAGAGAUCCGUCAGUAUCGGAUGAAAAGGCUUAACAGCAAUGAAGAUGGGAAUCAAGGCUGCAUGGGGGUCUCGUGUCUUGUGAUGUGAUCAGCUGUUUGAAUCAUCCAACCAAGCUCAAAGUUGAAUCUUAAUUCCACUGUGUUGCGUUUCAUGAUGAUGCCUUGGCCAGUAUCAUGCAAGUUGCAGUUGAUCAAUACUAAAACGUUCUAUCAGCACCAGAAGAUACUGUUUCUGAACAUCUACCUCUUUGCUCAGUUGAGCAUGCAAAGAAAAUCUCAUAUGUUAUGUGUGGGAUUUUUCACUUUUCUUUCUUGGGUAGGUUCAAACAGAUAAACUGAUUAUAUGGGAACUGUAGAGGCCAAAUGCUAUGAAAAGAUAACAUCUCAUUUUCUGGAAAGAAGGCUGGAAUGAAUUGUGAUCAUGCUAUCCUGAAAAGCCAUUACAUAGCACUGUAUGGUAAUGUUAUGCUUGAUUUCCUGUACACCAUUUUAAAACAGGAUAAUAUUUGUCACAUUUCCUAUACUAUGUACUUAAAUAUUCCUAUAGUACAUUAAGUUAAUCACACCUAGUCUGAUCUCUUAAAUUCUGGCCUUUCACAAAAGGGAAAUUCUUGGAUUAUCAAGUGCCUCUUUACAAAGGCAAGCUAGACCUUAAGCCUUAUCAUGCAGGUUGCAGCUCUGGCUCCUAGCUGACCCAUCCUGAAUGUUUGAAACUUGACUCAGAUCAUUGGUCUGUGUAACCCAGUAUUAUCUAUGCUUGACUAACAGUGGUUCAGUUUCUUAGCUUUAUUGUUUUAUCCUUCCUAAUUAGGCUUCCCAAUGAACUGAAUGUGGGAACUUCUGCAGAAAUAUUUACUAUCACUGGGCUUUACUGUCAGAGUUCUUUGCAUCACUGACUGAAAGGCACUUUGAGAUUAAGAUUCUCUUGAGGAAAUAGCAGUCAACUGCUAUUCUCCAUUUUUAAAAACAUUCCAUUUACCUUGUGCUUGAAGGUACUGGUGUUUCUCAUCAGGGCCACUUAUUAGCUGUGGAUACUGUCAGCAACAGUUACUCCAGUGCCAGUCAUAAAACAUGGCUGUAUGAAGUUUGUGUAGAAAAAAACUGUGCUAUCCCAGCUAUAUCUGCACUUCUAUUUUUAGUUAAAUUUCUUUAUUCAUUUGACAUCUUUGUCAAGCACAGUGUCUUUAUGCUUAAAUAGUGAAGAAACGUAUUUAGGAAACCAACUUCAUUAGCAUCAUUCAUUUUGAAAGCUCUCUCCAGGCUACUGCUGUGCAGUGAAACUAGAGGUGAAGAGCUAGAGUAAAAUGGAACCAGAGGAGGAUGAAUUUAAUUUUCCUGCUGCUUAAAAGUAGGAAUAAAUUGAUACUGUACAUUCAACCUUACAAAAUAUGGAGCUGGAUUCCUCAGCAGCCUACAUACCUCUAUGAUAAAAGAAGAGGAGCUGUGAGUUUCCCUUUCUGUAAUGCUGGGAAGUAGUUGAUUGAAUAGAUUAUUUAUAUGAUGUAUCUAAAAUCUGGUCCUGAUUGUCAUGUAUAUGUAUCAUCUCACUUGCAACUGAGUGAGUGAACUGCCUUCAUCUGAAAGUAGAUGCUUAAAAUGAUGUGAGUGAUAUGAAAGCUGUCUGUGGUGACUGUUUUACAUAGACAAAUCUGGUUGAUGUGGUGAUUAUGUUUAUGAAUUCUAAGUUGAAGCACAGAAAUAACUUCAAUAGAAAUUGAAUUUGUGGUCAUUAAGUGCUUUACUGGUUUACAAUAUUGCCAUUUUACUGCAUAAAUUCUAAGUUGGAUAGAAAACCACUAUAUAAUCCAAUCUAUCUAAUCACCAAGUAAGAAAGUUGGCAUAACAUUAUUUCCUAAAUACAUAACUUAAUGGAUCAUUUCAGACAUACUUUAUCUGAAGCUAAUUUCAUACAGCAUUACAUAGGGCCAUACAAUAAUAAAAGUGUUAAUAUGCUUUAUUUCUCGCUAACAUGUUAAUAUUAAACCAAGCAUCACAAAGCUCAUUUUCUCAAGAAACUGAUGUCAUCUGAUCAAUAAAUUAAGUUUAAAGUCCCUUUGAAUGUUGCUCAGUGCUAGAUAGCAUUCAGUUUUUUCUUAGUGUAACUCCUUUGUUCUUUAGUAGCUGUGUGGCAUAUACAUUGGUGAAGAUAGUGAAAUUUGCUGAAUUUCUAUAUGUCGAGCAGCUGUCUAAAGUACAGGAGCACUACUAGAGAACAAGGGACUGUUUAAAUAGAACUACUGUGAAUUGUUGGACUUAAAAGAAUUAUUGAGAAAUCACACCCCUUGGUUGGCAUUUGCAGUUUGAAAACUAAUUCAGGAGUCUGAAGAUUAAAUAUAUUUGGCUCUGCUUUCUGCAUGUUUGCAAAUGAAUACACAUCUGAGAAGCACAUAGUAAUAUAUUAGUAAUUUUCCAUCUGGAAUUCACUUGUUAUGAAUGAUCAUUUCACCACAAGUGAAACAUUUUAGUUUAAUUAAAAAGCAGUUUGUACAAUGAAGUCAGCUAGUUGGGGUGAUGAAGCAAUUCUCAAAGCAACUGUUUGCUUCAGCAUGUAAAACAUGUCUCCAAAAGUUUAUAAGAUUUGUAAUUCUUGCCUGUGAAAUCUCCUGUGUUUACAUUUGUAUUAUAUGCAGAGGAUGUUGUAGUGGCUAACCUGAUCCACAACAAUAUUAUUCACAAGUGGUCUGCUGUCUUCCCCAGAUCACUGUUAGUCUCUUCCUGUAGCAUUAAGUAAAAAAGGGAUUCCACAGGAAACAUUUGAAAUAACAUGCAGCAGUAACAGAUACGAAGCUAAAUCUCAUGUAUUUGGAAAUUCAAGAAAACAACACAGAGAUUAUGUAGAAUUGUUGCUCACUAAUUAUCAUGAAUAGACAUAUAACUAAGACAAUAGCAUAAUCUUGAAAGGGUAUGGUUCAUGCUUAUGGUGUCUGCUGUUUGCAGGUUUAAAAAGUAUAUUUUAAAAUAACUUUUAAAACCAUGUUCCUCAGCUAAUCAGAGAUGUCUUUGUUGUUGUUUUAGAAGACAAUCUCACUGAUUCAUGUCAUUCUGCAGAAGCCCCUUUCCAAAACAAGUUGGAUUCUCUAGCAUACUGUGUUAAUAACAUUAAAGCUUGCAUGUCGAAAAAUCUAUUAAUUCAACCUGGUCUUCCACUUAAGGAUCCUUCUUUUUCCUCUAAUUGAUUAUUAUAAUGCUGUUAAAAUUAUAUUAAUGUUCUGUAAGCACCAUGCUUAUUAAUUUUACUGGACUGUUGAUCAGAAAACAUGAUUACAGUGUUUAAUCUGCUUCAUAUUUUUAAACAUUUUCAAUAACUAAAAGGAUAUUCCUGAUACAGCAGGAUAAUAGUAUGUGUACUUAUACAAAGUGUUGAUCCUUUUUAAAGGGAAUGGUUUCUCUCACAGGAUGAAUAGCUUUUGUAAGUUGCCUGCUACGACAUAUGUAGAUUAUCUUUUUUAAUGUUUCAGAAUGUUAAAUAUACUAACUGUUUCAGAAAUAUUUUUGCCUGUAUGAAAAUGUAAUUGAUCCACUAAAACUCAUGGUCAGUUUUUUGUGUUAGGUACUAUCUGUGGUUUUAAAAAAUGCCUAUAUUGAUAAAUGCUCUGAAUUUUGAUAAGGUACAUUUGGACUGUUUGAAAGCAGAAGUGCCUUUGUUGCCUAAUAAAUUUGAGUCCCUGGAA